AUUUCAAGAGAAGCGAGGAAAGGAACUGGCUGAUUACCUCGUCAAAGCUUUCCUGAGAAAAGUGACAACAUGGGACUCACUUUGGGUUUAAUGUCACUCUUGAUCCUCGUUUUUGCUGUGUCUAAUGCAAAGCAAGCCCUCGGAAAAACCCACAAUCAACAAGAAUUGGAUGGCUACAGUUUCGCGGACGCAAACAUUGUGCCCAACCAACACGUGGACAAAGCCGUUCCCAGACUAAAUGGCAAGAGUAUGCAUGGGUACCUGAGACACCACUGCUCUCAGCCUGGAGAAGAAAUCCUUCAAGACCAGACAGCAAAUUCACCUUGUGAAGCUGGAUCAUAUCCGUGCCAUGGGUAUAUUGAACUUGUUUGCAAGAACUACAGCUUUGCUUGUCUUAGAAGCUUGAACAAGUAUGGCUCUCGUAUUGAUAUUAAGUGUGUUCCUCGCUUUGACUAUGUAACAAUUGAUUUGGGCUCUGAAGGAGAGCGACGCGUUAAAAGAACCAGAGGCUGUGGCUGUGCAUAAUAUUACAAAGCGAAUCGAGAAUGGAAAACUGAAAGUGACGUUUGUAAUUCCUGAGUACAUAUGAUUUAAGUAAAUUAGUUUAAAAUUUUUGU